AUGCCGCACUCCUCGUCCCCCGCGACAUCCAUCCUCAAGUCGUCCAAACUAGCAGCCAAAGCCCAGGUGUCAGCGAUGGCUGGGAAAAAGCGCAAAAUGAUCGACAUGGACAUGUCUUCUCAGCCGCCCUCAUCAUCCCCGCCCUGGGAUGCGGGGACUAGCAGCCCCGUCAAACGCCCGCGGGUUCAGUUCGACCCUGCCGUAGAGACAAGGCUGCUGCCUCAUUCGCCCGAUGAAGGGAAAUCCACUGAAAAGGGCACCGCUCUUAUCCGCGAAGAAAUUCGGAGGGCUAUCCAAAGACAUACUACAGGCGCCGACAGCGAAGCUUAUGAUCGCGUCAGAGAAGUGUUUGUCAUCGACCCUAGGAAACGCGACAGUGACGAAUCGGAUUAUCUUCCUACCCCGACGUCGAUGAAACGCCAUCUGAUGGGAUUGUUGUCGAAUAUUUCUCUACUAGACAGUAAUUGCUCCAGCCUGGUCCAUGCGGUUUUGGGUAGCGAGUGGCUCGGCCGAGACGAGUCGUAUGUCAAAACCUUUGUUAGAUUUUUGGGGAACUUGUCUGCCGCCCAGUCCGUCUAUCUGCGCUCCGUUCUGAAGAUGCUGGUGAACUACCUUGGAGAGAUCCCAAGAGGCACCGGAAGACUUCCUGGAUAUUCAGUCGUCACCCAUGGAGAUAUUUACGACAGAAUACACAUGGCGCUGCGGUAUAUAAUGCAGCUCCUACCAGCCGGAAGUGGUGCAUUAUCGCCGAUUCUUUCUGCCCAGUUUCCGUUUGACACCGACUCUGCCAAGGCCAAUGUGUCGUAUACUCGCAAUUUGAUUAGAAUCAUCGAGUAUGCUCCGGAGCUACGAUCUGAAAUCCUCGCUCUAAUCACUGAGAAGCUGGUCAAGAUUGACGUGCAAAUUCAGGUCGACAUGGAGGACUUUGAAGAUGAAGUCGGCGAAGGUCUUUUGGAGGAUCUUUCUCGACCGAUUGAUUUGGAGGCCGGGGAAGACGAAGACGAUUCGGAUAAUGAUUCUGUGAUUAGCGACGACGACUCGACAGAUCCGCCAACCCAGCGUCUAAAGACUGUCAAGGAGAAUAUUCGCAAAAUCGACUCGAUGAUUGACAAUCUAUUUGAAUUUUACUCGCCGCCAUUUGCGCAUGGAACAGAUGACGAAAAGAACAACGCUUUAGAUUUGCUGAUUGCACAUUUCGAAAGCAUUAUACUACCUACUUAUCGUUCCCGCCAUACACAAUUUCUUCUUUUCCACUUCUCGCAAUGCUCUACCAAACUUGUCGAGCGGUUUGCCGCGACCUGCAUCCACAUUAUCCUCAGCAAGACACAGCCCGCAAUCACGCGCCAGUCAGCUGCGGCAUACCUUGGCAGCUUCGUGGCUCGCGGAAAGCACGUGUCACCACGUGUGGUACGUGAUGUUUUCGACAUGCUCGGAGAGCACCUCGACAGCCUCCGAGCCCAGCAUGAAAAAUCGUGUCGGGGUCCUGAUCUCCGUCGAUACGGACCCUUUUACGCGACCGCACAAGCUGUUUUGUAUAUAUUCUGCUUCCGCUGGAGAGAUCUUACGACGGCUUCGGAAGAGGCUGACGGAGCCGAGAACGACGAUCUCGACAUUGAAGACGUCAACUUUCCUCCCUCUAUCAAGGAAGUUUUGCAUCGCGCGAUAUACUCUAAGCUGAACCCAUUGAAGGUGUGUUCACCAGCAAUCGUAUCCGAGUUUGCGCGGAUCACCCACCACCUCCGCUUCCUAUAUGUCUACCCUCUCCUCGAAUCCAACAAGAGACUGCGGGUGUCUAGCUUCCGUAGUAUCACGACGCUAUCCGACCCGCGGUUCACCAUCGUUGAGCGCGAGAUCCGCGCCGGAAACGACGGCGGCCAUCAGCUCGACGCGUACUUUCCAUUUGAUCCGUACCAGCUCCCACAAAGCCGCCGGUGGCUUGAAGGGGACUAUGUCGAGUGGCGGGGCAUCCCAGGCUUGGACGAAGACGGAGGUGACUCGGAUAGCGCGGCCGAGGACCAGGACGCUGGUAAUUUUGACGAUGACGAGCCCACGGCUACGGACGAAGAGUAUUGA